GUUUAUGCUGUUGUGGUUAUAGUGUUGCUAAAAUGUGAUUAAACAAAAAUAAUUUAUAAAUUUAAAAAUAAGUGCUUUAUUUAACUUGUAAUUCAUUCUUAGCCGACGUAUCAGCGAAUAAGGACAGUUUUCAGUUUUAAAAAAUAUGAACGAAAUGGAUAAGUCACUAGAAAAUACAAUGGAGGUAAGAUUGUUUUGAGCAGUAAGGAAGAUCUUGUAAUUUUGAAUAGAACGAGGUAGAUCAUUUAUUUUGCAGAACUAUUUAACUGAGGAUUUUCAAUCAGUACAAUUACCAAUCUUGCAAACGGAUUCCAACAUUGUCUAUGAAAUUUUAGAUGUAAAUGAGCAAUCUGUAGAACAAAAUACAGCAUUACAUAAUUCGAAUCAGGUGACAUUAUCAGAAGUAUCAGAAAGAAAAAAGGAGGAAACCUUUGAAAAUAACCUUCUUGAGUUUUUGAAUUGCGACUCAGAUGGGAAAUUAGUAUUAACACAUUACCAACAUCACAAAUCUUUAAAUAAAGAUGUUCGAGCUCUCUUAACAAGAACAAUAAUUAAGAAAUUUAAAGAUGAUGCAUUAAAAUCAUUAAAAGUUGGAGAAAAACUAACAGAAUUUAAGAUUUCGUCAAAAGUGUUUGCAGCUUUAGCUGAUGCAAUUGAGAAAAUUUUCGCAGGUGAAUCCGCAAGUACAUACUUCAGUCCAUUUAAGUCCGAAAAUGGCAUAGCAGUACAAAUCUGUGGUACAUUAUGGUCGCAUUAUAAUUAUACAAUUGAAAAGUUGAGAAAAGAAAAUCUCCUGGAAAAGCCGACAAAAUCGAAAAUUGUAGCGAAGUCUAUUUCGAAAAGCACUAAUGAAGAAGUGAAAGAAGCUCUAAAUAGAAUACAGACUAGUUUAGAAGAAACUAGUAUUAUUGAUGAUUGGAUUCUUACUCAUAAUGAUCGAAUGGUUCUGCUAUUAGUUGAUAAAAUUUCCAUUGCGGAUUAUAUUAACAAAUUUUCUUGUUUAAGAGUGCAAAUAGCAAAACAGUUGUAUCUUAUAGAUUUUGAUAUUUUGAAACCUGAGAAGGGCGAAGAACUGCGAAAAAGGUGGCCUAUUUUAAAAUCUGUCAUUCUUAAACAGCUUGACUUACUAAGUGCAAAUCCCAAGAGUAAAAAAAAACUAAAUUUAGAAGAUUUAUCUUUUAUUAAUAUCUUACCAGCUUUAGAAUCAGAAGUUCAAGAUACAGUAGUGUUAUACUUGAUACAUCUUUUAAUCGGAGUUGGUCAGCCUGGAAAAAGAAAGAAGGACCAAUCAUCAGAACCUAUCAAAUCUUACAAACCAUAUGAAAUUAGAGAAUCGUUUAUUUAUCGCAUAGAAAAAAUUGAAGAUUUGGAGAGCAUUAUUAAAAGUUUAAGAGACAAAGCUCUUAAAGAAAAAUAUACUUUGCAACCUCUGAUAAUCGUCGUUGGAAGUUUAGUUAAAGUCGAGGGAUUUUAUGUCAUCGUUGAUGAUCAAAAAUAUAAGACGGAGAGUUGUUUAGAAGCUCUCGAUUUAUGUUUCAAAGUAUUCUUUACUCUUGAUUGCCAAUAUCCGAAACCAUCGUUUAGAAUUUGGCAGUUCAUUCAAAAUGCUGGAUAUCAAAUUAAAAUUGCAGGAGAAACAUUGAUUAAAACAGUAAGAGAACUUUUAGGUCUUGUUGAACAAGCCUUUCGAGAGUCGUCUGAUUUAAAUAACGUUUAAAUUUAUUAAAAUUUUAUUUUA